AUGGUCGGCGAGCUCGGCACACAUGAUGUUGGCGAGCUGCUCAACUUCACUGGGUUUGCAGGAGUCAGCAUCACCCGCUCAGUAAUCGAGACUGCUGGCGAGCCAGUUUCGUGCUGCGCUGUGGUGGUCCCGGAGGAUCUCCCGUACCUCAUCCAUGAAUCUACAGCGGCGUGCCUCGCGUUCAAUGUAGGCGCAUCGAUCUCGAACUCGUUGGACUAUAGGGGUGCGACUGUGACGAUCAACGCCCAGCCGCCGCUGUCGGCAACCAACGAAGGCGAUCCCGCUCCACAGCGCUUGGGCAAGGUCGGGAUUGCGGAAUGGCACGAGGGCCUCCUCGUCGACGUCGGCUUUUCCGGCUCAUCGUGCACCAUCCCCGACAACCGCACCCUCUUUGUGGCCCAUGAACCCUGGACCAACACUUUCUGGCAUGACUUUCACAACGGCUUUAUGCGAACGUUCGGCACGCUCUAUGAGCUCGACGAUCCGUCACUGUUGCAAUGUGACGACAGCUGGCCCGAGGCUUGUCGGGUCAACACGACUAAGGUCAUCAUCGCCUAUUGGGUCACUUCAAUCGGAGAUCAUUCGGCCGGGCCUACCCUGCUCGGGCUGCUCCCACAUCUGGCGGACGAGAUCAUCACAGAGCCGGAUCCAUCGCACUGCUUCGCGCGGGUGGUUGCCGGCCAGGCCACGGCACUUGAUCUCAACGCUGGCAUUCGUUUUACAGUCAAGUCGACGAAGGUGCUCUCGUACUUUUCGCGCUGGUACUAUUAUGUUGCCACCGGCGAGCCGCUCGAGCCGGCGCUCGGAGUGGAGGGUGCGAAGACGCCAGGAUCGCGUUCAGGUCUUACAGAACUUGAUCUGGAGCGACUGGCCGAGCCGCGCACCGAGCAUCACGUGCUCAUUAUCUCCCGCCAACAUGCUGCGAAUGGGCGUAGGUGGGGCCCGGGUGUGAAGGAGGCCAUGAUGACCUGGCUCGAGAGCUCCGGAGUCUCUGUCGAAGCUGUUGACUUUGCGGCGGUGUCCGUAAAGGACAUCGCGGCUGCAGUCCGCCGGGCAACGGUCAUCAUCGGCGUCUCGGGUGCGGGCAUGAUCAACAUGAUGUUCGCGAGACCAGACACGGUGCUCAUCUACAUCUACCCUGAGCGUGUCUUUGCUCACAAUGAUCCGCUCAACAGCUCAGGCAUUUACAUCACGCUGGCGCGGAUGCGAGGCUGCCAAGUCGUGGUGGUUCAUGAAUAUACGGCCGGCUCGGAUACCGACAACUACCUCCCGCUUCCCAUCGCGGCGAGUUUCUUCAAGAUUGGCUUCACCCUCGGCCUCGGCGGGCGUUUCCCGCCACCGACGCUGGCCCCAGUUCCUUCGGUCUGGGAUGGCCCAUCGGCGGACGAGUACAAAUACACCAUCAUGUAG